GACAUAUUUUAAUCUGACAGAUUCAGCGACUCAAAUGGGUUAAUCCAUGGAGUGAUGCAAGUGAGACAGUUCAUUUCCACUGCAGGAUGAAGAGCUUCAAAUGGAAUAGUCCCCUGCUGGGACUGGUGAUACAACACAUUGUGUUUUUUACCGUCAGUGAAUGUGCUGGCCAUCACCACACAUUUGAUGAUGUAAGGUUUCUAAACCAAAUAGAGGAAGUGGAAUCCAGCUCUGUGCAAGUUCUCUACUCAUGCUCUGAGUCAUCUGUAGUCCACGUGGAGGCCCUUGCAUCGUUUGACACCGGAGACACUUCAACGAUCUUCAGGCGCCACUGGACCUGCCACCCAGGGUCCUCAAGGGUCAGGACAGUUGCCCUGACCCUGCCUGAUUGGCUUGUAUACCAAGCGGACUGGAAGAUCCAGCCCUCGGCCUGGGUCCUGACCGCUAUGCUGCGUGUCUGGGUCAGUGGGGCUGGAAGUCUGGCCGACUACAUGUCUGCCUCUGCGCGUGCAAUGAUGCUGCUGGAUGUCAGGGAGCCCUUCAGCAGGCCAGUGAAGCAGCAUCAGCUGUGCCUGAGCUGGGGCAUGGAGGUGAAGUGGGGAGCGCUGAAAGACAAGAUCCCACAAUGUCCUCAGGAGCAAGAGGUAGCUGUGUUUCUGUCAACGCUGUAUGCCUCCACUGGGGAGAAAUUUGGUAUUGUAAGGACUAUUCAGCCAUUCACCAAUGAGGCUCUGGAGAGUUUGCGACUCAAGGCUAUUCCUUAUCCCUGGUGUGCUUUCUCCAUCUGGGUAUACCUGCGCCAUCCCUGUCGCCAGCAGUUGUGUGGGGUGCUGCACCACAUCGACUCAAAGAGGACUUAUGCUUCUCCCUCGUUGUUCCUGAAGAACUCUGGCCACUUGCACAUCCAGAUGCAUGGGACAUCAGGGCUAUCCUCAGCUGUCCUCUCCGCGUUCGCUGUGCCUAUCAGGCAGUGGUGCCACCUCAACGUGGUGCUGGAUGGAUGGAUGGUCAGGAUAACCAUGACAUGCAGAGAUGGACAGCACUAUGUUGUGCACAGCUCGAAUCAUGUAUUUGACAUAGCCUUUCAUCUGGAUGACACAGAUGGCUACUUUGCUGUUGGGGGAGGUGAAUUUGUUCAUGGUAUUGAAGGAUACUAUGGACCUGUCAUUUAUUACAGAAACAGGAUGCUUCCCCAAAGUGAGUCUGAAGGCCACAUGCCACCUUCUAUAACACUUAUGACAGAAUGGGACCAAUCCUGUCAUAACUUUGAGUUUGAUGUCAGGAUGAAAAUUGCUCAAUAUUUACAAAGAGCGAAAGAAAAUGGACACUCAGAUGUCUGUGUUGAUGCGUACAGCCAGUGGCAAUCCAAAGACAAGCUCCACAUCACAGCACCACAGUGUGAGGCAUGGGAAGCGCCAAGUUCACCCCAGAGGCGAAGUGUCUUUCUGAUUGCAGAAAAAAUGACAACCAAAUAUGGUCCAUUGGUUAAGUCAGUUACCAUCGGCAAGGCUCUGUACUCCCUGGCCCUUCAUAAACUGACCCAGGCCGUGGAUACGAGAGUCAUCAGUAAGGUGAUGCCACUCUUACUGCAGGCCGGCUGCCUUGGGGACCAGCGUGCCCUCUACCUCUCCUCGGUCCUGUACAGCAGCAGUGUUGGGGUCAAGGCACGUCCUGAGAGGGCAUGGCUGCUGGCUCUGCUGGCUGCCCAGCAGGACUGGAGACUGGCGCUGCUUCGCCUCGGGCACCUGCACCACGUAGGUGACCAGAACGUCCCUCCUGACCCUGACCUGGCUUACGCCUACUAUGCCAACAUCGCUAAACAGACAUCUGCUGACCGCCAGAACUUCACCUCACAGCAGUCUUUUGUAGAGGCCAUAUAUCUGAACAAUGAGGAAGCACUGAAGGCACAGACCAAUGAGAACCAUGACCUCUUCCACUGGUUAAAGCUCCAAGCACGGAAUGGAGUGGCAGGGGCAGAGCAAGCGAUGGGCCGGAUGCUGUUCUGGGGCCAGCAGGGUGUCUCUUCAGACAUCCAGACUGCUGUGAGGCACUAUCAGAGAGGCGCCAUUAGGCUGGAGGACCCUGUGUCCAUGUACGACUAUGCCACUGUCCUGCUCAUGGGCCGUGGUGUUGAACGAGACAUCCCAAAAGCUGUCAUGUUUCUUAAGAAAGCCAUAGAGAAAGGCUCUGUUCCUGCGAUGAACGCUCUGGCCUGGUACUAUGAGCAACACGAAAGGGACUAUGAGCGCGCUGUGCAGCUGUGGGAAGAGGCUGAUGCCCUGGGAAGCCCAGACGCCGCCAUGAACCUGGGGGUCAUGCAUUCCCAAGGCUUCUAUCCAGGAAAGCCAGCCGACCAGGUCAUGGCAUAUCACUACUUCCUGAAGUCUGCGCAAAGGGGCCAUGUUGAUGGGGCCAUCACGGUGGCUGAGCUGUGGCAUAAGGGGAUCCCAAGUCACAUAAGCAGGCGUCCUAAUCACGCUGUUCUAUGGGCAAAAUGGGCAUCUGAACAGAAUGGUUACCUUGGAAGAGUGUUACGGAAAGGCCUUGAUGCAUAUUUGAAAGCGGAAUGGUUGAUGGCUCUCAUACAUUACUUGAUGGCAGCUGAAUCAGGAUUUGCUUCUGCCCAGUUCAAUAUGGCCUACUUAUGUGAACAAAACCCUGGAGGUGUUUUGACACAGGCCUUCGUGAAACAGUGCAUGUUAAGAUACUACAAUCUCACCAUUCAGAGUGAAUAUCCAGAUGCAUACGCUUUGAUCAAAAUGGGAGACUUGCUAUCUGCCAGUAACACAACUGAUAAGAAAGCCGUGACCAAAGCUGCCGAGAUGUACAAGCGGGCCAUUCUCAGAGGAGAACCUCAGGGAUGGUACAGUCUAGGUGUGCUUGUCCAGGAGGGGGAGACAUUACCAGUGUCUUUGCUGGUGGAAUUGAACUUGUUGCAGCCAUACCUAACAGAUAAACAACACCUUCUCACAACACUGUACCGUAGAUGUAUAGAUUCAAAUGCCACAGAUGCAUACAUACCUUGCAGUCUUGCUCUGUUCAAUGUAAAUCUACACUCAUUUUGGGAGACCAAUAUUGUUCUCAAGGCGUCAAGUACUUUUGCUGUAACAGCUGCCACCAUAGUGAUGGCCUUUGUAAUAUCCAACAUCUUCAGAAGAUACGUCAUGGACACUGGUCAGAUCACAUGACCACCAACCAGUCAGGGGCAGGUAUCACACAUUCUGUUAAUAGCACUCAGUGCGUUCUCAGUGUGCCAUACUUAGGACUCACUAAUAACUAUACAAUAAAUUAUUUUAGCCAUUUAA